AUGAAUUGCCAUCGCAAGUUUAGGCCUUCGUCCUCCUCUUACUUGCUGUCUCUCCUCGUUAUCUUCCACUUUAAUCCUGCAGUAGUAACUGCCAGCAGUCCAGUCUUCCUAGACUGCAACUGCCCAACUGAAGCAAACUACACAGCAGGCAGUGCAUUCCACACCAAUCUCAAUCUUCUCCUCUCUUCCCUCUCCUCCACCACCGCUGCCGCCGCAGGAUUCUACAACGACACGAUAGGCCGACCUGCGGAACAAGUAUACGGCCUCGCGUCGUGCAGAGGAGACCUCUCCUUUAGUGACUGCAGGGGCUGUUUCAAUGCCUCCGCAACACAAAUCACCCGAAGUUGCCCCAACGGCAUGAGCUCCACCAUAUGGUACGACAUAUGCAUGCUCCGUUAUUCCAACACAAACUUUUUCUCCACCGCCGACAAUUCCAUCAAGCAGCACGUAGCUCGUCGAAGAUGUUCGCGGCGGGGAAUGUGA